AUGGUUCAUACGACGUGUGCAGUGAGAGAUUGCAAGUCGUCAUCUCGCAUAAAUAAAGACCUGCGAUUUCACCAAAUUCCGCACACGGAAGAAAGAUGCAAAUCAUGGCUGAAAGUUAUUGGAAGACCUAAUUUAGUUGGAAGAACUUUCAAAAGCAUAAAGAAUACGUACAUUUGCAGUUUGCAUUUCGAAAAGAGUAUGUACGGGAAGAAAUUACUUAAGAAAACAGCUAUACCAACGUUAUUUUUACCAACCAACGACUCGAUCCAUACACAGACUGAUCCUAAAGUCAAAAUUUUAAGUGAUGUAAUAUUGGAACUCUCCGAUAAACGCCAUGUUUUAAUACCAAAAAUAGCUCGAAGAGACCAUGAAUUAGUAGGUUCUUCAUCACAAAAUUCAGAACACACAAACACUAAGAAAUAUAUAGGUAUAGAUUUUAGUUCUCAGACACCAGCACGAUUGACUGACUUUACUCCCCGAAAAAGUAAACUUAGAAAACAAUUGUUUAAAAUAAGUAAAAAGUUAAAAUGCACUACUAAAAAUAUGAAGAUGUUACCGCGGAACAGUUUUUGA